CCCAUCUUUGUAGGGAACCUCACCUAGCAAACCCCACAUCCUCUUUCCUUUUUUCUUUAGUCACUCUCAAGAUUCAACCACCAAGCCAAUUUAUAAAAGAAAAGCAAAACAAGUCUCCUCUAGCAACUUCACCACCUUCUUUUAGACCUUCAACCUCAUCACACACUCAAAGCCAUGGAUUGGUUCUCUUGGCUAGCAAAAACUGGCCUUGAGCCUUCUCUUGUAUAUGAGUAUGGCCUUGCUUUUUCUCACAAUGAGCUUGAAGAAGAUGACAUAGGUUACUUUAACCAUGAGUUUCUUCAGAGCAUGGGGAUAUCAAUAGCCAAACACAGGCUGGAGAUCCUCAAGCUUGCUAGGAAGGAGAAAGGAGCUAGCCCACAUCCCAUGACAAGAGUUCUUGUUGCAAUUAAGAGGACAAAGAGAUGUCUAGCUAAGUACAUAAGAGCAUGGUCUCGCCGCGAAGAAUCGGCUCUUGUUGUUGUUCCAAGGCCUGGUUAUGCUACUAGAUGGAGAGGAGCAAUGUUGAAGAGGAACAAGAAGUUGAUGCUGGCUAAUCAAGGGAGAUUAUUGCUGACAAAUGGAAGUCCUGUGGUGGUUUCUGGGCCUAGAUUAGAUAGUUUUUCAAGUCCAGUGGUGUAUGAUCUUCACAAAGAGGCGAAGAUGGAUGGUGAUGAUGAUGGGUAUUGGUCAACUGGUGUUGAAGAGAUCAGGUGGGAUACCAUGUUUCAGAAUCUGAAACCAACAUGAAUUAAUCUUUAGUUUCCUUUUCUUAAUUCCAAAUGUUUUUCUUUCUUGAUUUUAAUUUUAAUGGUGAGAGAGAGAUUUUUUGGGUUCUUCCACCAGAGAGUCUUGUUUGUGUGUUUAAGAAGACAUUUUCUUUUCUUUUAUUUUCUUUUCUUUUCUUUCUCCAUUAGUGGUGGGUCAGAUAUUUGGCAUCAAGGGUCAGAGCCUGUUUCAGCAAUGAGAUUGUCUCCCCUUGCUUUUGAAUGGUGUAAUCUUUCUUUAUCUUUGCCAGAAAAGAAGGCAUUAGUAGUGUUAGUCUCUUUCUAAGAAGACUGAUUGUUUUAGGUAUGCAAAUAUGUAGUGAAAUAUUGUAUCUCUCUUCUCUUUUGGUAAAGGAGAAGCAGAAAAAUUUACCAUUUCAAUGAAUCAAUUCUACUCUUCUGAUA